AUGAAAGGUGCAUUUGAUUUGUUACUUUGGGAGGCUGCUCCUCCUCCUAAUUGGGUGAAGCUACACUUUGAUGGUGCAUAUGAUGUAAAAAAUGGAAGAGAUGGUAUGGGUGCAGUAGUACGUGAUGAAUUUGGAAGGAUGCAGGGUGCUUUGGCUGUUCCUGUUGAUGGUUCACUUAGUCCAUUAGCAACAGAAGCUGCAGCUUUAAGGUAUGGAAUUCUUUAUUGUAAAGAGUUGAGUUUUACUAAAGUUAAGAUUGAAGGUGAUGCUUUGAAUGUGUUGAAGGCUUUAGAUUGUAAUGACAUUGAUUUGAGUGAGAUUGAGGCUGUCAUUGAGGAUGUCAAACAUGUGAUGGUAGAGAUGGAGAUGGUUAAGUGGAAACAUGUUUGGAAAAAGUAUAAUCAGCUUGCUCGUGCUUUAGCCCGGUUAGCUUUGACUAUGGCUGAGAGUAUGUUUUGCAAGGAAAUUAGCCCUAUUUGGCUACAAGACCUUGUGGAGAAAUACACUACGUAA